UACGACGAUUACUUCCGCCUUUUAGUUUCAUGCCGGGCUGCAAAAGAGCACGCUGUUGAUAAGGCCUUGGUAAAGAGUUUGCUCAAUUCAUAUUUUAAGGAAGACAAAUAGCCUUGUUGAUUCUCGGAGACAGACGGAGUUACACCAGAACGUGAAAAUGAAGCCAAUCCUCUUGCAGGGACAUGAAAGGUCCAUAACACAGAUCAAGUACAACAGAGAAGGAGACUUGUUGUUUUCAGCAGCCAAAGACACUGUUGUUAAUGUGUGGUACUCGGUCAAUGGGGAGAGAUUGGGCACUUACAAUGGUCACACGGGAGCCGUCUGGUGUGUAGAUGUCGACUGGGACACCAAGAACGUGCUGACCGGGUCUGCAGAUAACAGUUGCAGGCUAUGGGAUUGCGAGACAGGCAAACAGUUGGCCCUGCUGGAAACUAGCUCUGCGGUCAGGACCUGUGGGUUUGACUUCAGUGGGAACAUCAUCAUGUUCUCCACAGACAAGCAGAUGGGGUACCAGUGCUUCAUGAACUUCUUUGAUCUUCGAGACCCCCAGCAAAUAGAGGACAACCAACCUUACUCGUCGGUGCCAUGCAAUGAGUCUAAAAUCACCAGCGCAGUGUGGGGACCUCUGGGGGAGUUUGUCAUCGCUGGUCACGAGAAUGGAGAAAUCAACCAGUUCAGCGCCAAGUCCGGGGAGAUUCUUAAGAAGGUGAAGGAGCACUCCAAGCAGAUCAAUGACAUCCAGCCCUCUGUGGAUCUCACCAUGGUCAUCACUGCCUCCAAAGACAACUCUGCCAAGCUGUUCGACUCUACAUCACUGGACCACAUCAAGACAUUCAAGACAGAAAGGCCUGUCAACUCAGCUGCCAUCUCUCCCAUCAUGGACCAUGUGGUCAUGGGUGGUGGGCAGGAGGCUAUGGACGUCACAACCACCUCCACCAGGAUUGGCAAGUUUGAGGCCAGGUUCUUCCAUGCGGCCUAUGAGGAGGAGUUUGGGAGAGUGAAAGGGCACUUUGGCCCCAUCAACUGUGUGGCUUUCCAUCCUGAUGGGAAAAGCUACAGCAGUGGAGGAGAAGAUGGCUAUGUGAGGCUGCAUUACUUUGAUCCACAGUACUUUGACUUUGAGCUGGAAGUCUAAGGAACAGCAGCAAUGUUGGCACAGAAUUAAUAAACUUAUACAGGACCCCAAAAAAUCAUCAGUUCUUUGAGCUUCACAGAAACAUCAGUUGGACUGAAUGCCUCUGUCAGAUGACACUUUCAAUACUCUUGGUAUUAAAUUGUUGACAUUGAAUAUGCUAAUACCAGGACUGGCUUCGAUUCCACUUUAACAUAUUACCAUCCCUUGUGGUCUUCCCUCGAGGGAGGUAUUUCUUGCCUACAUUUGUGACAAGCAAACUUAACGGGUGCUCUGCCAGGGAGGAUAGACUAUGACCAAACCAAAAUAGAACUGAUAGGCCCUCACAAACUAUAUUACCCUUAGUAAAAUCAGCUGUGUGCAAGUAUUUUCUUUUUCUGUCAGAUGACUUUGGUAUGCUUGUGAAUAAUGCAUGUUUGUGAAUAAUGCAUAUGAACCAUCCUUGCUCAUUUUAGUGAUAAUAAAAGCACACCAACUCCAGUAAGGCUUUCUUAAACCUCACUCAAAAACACAAGCAAGGGAAUAUAAUUGCUCCCUCCCCUUUCAUAAUUCAGAACUGAACCCCACUUGGGGCUACCUGGCCUCCAUAUUUCAUAUUCCUGGCAUUUUGGGGAUUCCCCCCUGGAAGCAAAGGAAGGGAACAUGAAGAAACCAUACAAUUUGGAAUCGAACCCAGUCCUGGUGCACAAUGACAUUCUGGUGUGCUGCUUUGAAAGGGCUUCAGGAAUGCUGUGCUUGAUGGAAAAAUGUGUCCUAGAGCAGUGCUUCUCACCUCCAGUCCUCAGGACCCACUUGCCAGGUGUUUUGUUGUAACCAAGAACUCACACACCUGAUUUAAUAAUGUUUGGUGGUUUGAUUGGUUCAGUCAUUAAAUCAGGUGUGUGGGUUCCUGGCUACAACAAAAACUUUCUGGCAAGUGGGUCCCGAGGACUGGAAACACUGUCCUAGAGAACCUUCUGGAACGACCAUGUUACAUUCCUGAGAAUGUAUUAAUAAAACAUUUUGCUCUGAAGUA